AUGUACAAUGAGGUGCACGCACAAAUGAACAAAUACAUGUUAACUAUUAACAACAACAAUACACACAUGCACUACGGACUGGAGGAAGAUGGAAGGUGUGGCCAUUUGACAGAAGAACCUCCCUCUUCCUUUCUAGGCGCUGAGGUUAAAGUUGAUCUUGGAUGUUCCCAGCAGAGGGACAUCAUGACGACUGCAGUACCUGGAUCUACUUUCAGGAUUUUGCUGUUGGGGAAAAGUGAAAGGCCAAAGACAAUACUCAGCAACUUCAUCCUUGGUAACCAAGACAAUGAUUUCAAGGAACAUACCCCGAUCAAACACUGUGUGGCCAUCUCUGGAGAGUGGAGAGGGAAUCCUCUGACAGUCGUGAAAACACCUGAUAUCUUCAGUCUGCCUGAGGACAAAGUGAGACAAGAGAUCAGAAGCUGUGUCAGUCUUUGUGCUCCUGGACCAAAUGUUCUGCUGCUUGUCGUGGAGUCUUCUGAUUUGACAAACAACAGACAAACACGAAGGUCCAUCCUGAGGGUUUUUGGUCAGGAUGCCUUUAAACACUCAAUCGUCAUCACCACAGAUGAACGGAUGGAAGGAAAUUUCUUUGUCAGACAACUCCUUAAAGACUGUGGAGGAAAACAUUGCAACCUGUUAAAAAAUGACCACACACUGUUAAUGGAGACAAUUAAGAAGAUUGUGCAUGAAAACCAAGAAACCUUCCUCACCUUCCUUGAAGAGAUGAAACCGUGUCAAAAUCUGGUUCUGUGUGGAAGGACAGGAGCAAAUAAGACUUCAGCAGCCAAGGCCAUUGUAGGUCAGAGAGACCUUCAUUCAGCCUCCAACUCCUCACAGUGUGUUCAACACCAGGCAGAGCUGAGUGGACGUCUGGUUUCUCUGGUGGAGCUGCCCGCCUUGUGUGGGAAGCCUCAGGAGGAAGUGAUGGAGGAAGCCCUCAGGUGCAUCUCCCUGUGUGACCCUGAGGGCGUCCAUGCCUUCAUCCUGGUCCUACCUGUGGGUCCCCUCAUGAAUAUAGACAAGAAAGAGUUGGAGACACUCAAGAAUACAUUUGGAUCUCCAGUCAAUGACUUCACCAUGAUUCUGUUCACUGUGUACUCCGAUUCUGCACUUCAAGAUGCUGUGAAUUAUGUAAGAAUGGACAGAGACCUCCAGGAUCUCUGUCAGAGCUGGGGUGGAAGAUCUACUGUUCUCAACAUCAAGGACCAGCAAGAGAUUGUCAAGAUGUUGGAUUCUGUGGUCCAACCAAACCGCUAUACAACAGAAGUAUUUGCCCGUGCCCAAAUAGAAAAGAUCAUAGAGCAAGAUAAAUGUAUCAAAAUGCAACAAGCUGAACUCCAGAUGCUGAAAAAAAGCAAUAUUACAUGUGAUGAAGAGAGGCAGAGCCCAGAGUGUCUCAGGAUUGUGCUGAUAGGGAAGACUGGCAGCGGAAAAAGCUCCUCGGGGAACACCAUUCUAGGAAGAAAGGAAUUCAAAGCUGAAUCGAGCCAAAAGUCAGUCACCAAACGUUGUCAGAAAGCAGAGACCGAAGUGGACGGUCGUCCUGUGGUCGUGGUCGACACUCCUGGUCUGUUGGACACGACUUUGACCCAUGAAGAGGUGAAUGUGGAGAUGGUGAAAUGCAUCAGUCUUCUGGCUCCUGGACCACAUGUCUUCCUGCUGGUGUUACGCAUUGGUAGAUUGACAGAAGAAGAAAAGAAGACAUUACAACUCAUCAAGGAAGGCUUUGGGAAAAAUGCUGAACAGUUUACUAUCAUUCUUUUCACCGGAGGAGAUACACUGGAGCAUGAGGAGCAGCCUAUUGGUGAGUUCAUUAAAGAAGGUGAUGAAUCCUUUAAAAAGCUGAUCAAUGACUGUGGGGGAAGAUACCAUGUGUUUAAUAACUUUGAUGAAAAAAACAAAAGCCAGGUCAGUUCGUUGAUAAACAAGAUCGACACCAUGGUGAAGACAAAUGGAGGCCUCUGCUACACGAAUGAGAUGCUGCAAGAGGCCGAGACGGCGAUCAAGAAAGAAGUGGAGAGGAUCCUUAAGGACAAGGAAGAAGAGAUGCAGAGGAAGAUGGAGUCAUUUAAAAGAAAACAGGAAGAAGAAUUGGAGGUCUUGAAAGGAAGACUGGAAAAACAGAGAGCGGAAACUGAACAAGAGAGAGCAUUGAAAGACAAACAACUUAAGGAUUUCAUCAGCAAGGAGCAUGAAAAACGAAAGAAAGAACAACACGAGAGAGAACAACAAGAGCAAGAGAAAAAAAGACAGGAUGAGUUACAGCGACAGGUUUGGAAAAAGACAAUUGAAGCUUUGGAGGAAGAACAAAAAAACAAAAAACUACAAUUUGAAUCAAAGGGAACAUUUAACCAGAACCUGAAGCAGAAAACAGAAUUGAUGAAAGAAAAACAAGUCGCUCAAGAAAGGGAACGGAAAGCAUGGUGGGACAAAAGAGAUCGGGAAAAUAAACAGGUAGAAAGUGAAGCAAUCAAAAAACUAAGAGAACUUGAGCAGGAAACGAAAAAACAUGAACAUGACAGAAAAGAAGAAGAUAGAAUCAGAAGAGAAAAGGAGGAAGAAAGGCAAAGGGAAUUAGAGAAAAACUACGUUAUAUCCCUGUCGCUUCUGAAGAAGGACUACGAAGAGAAAGCCAGAGCGAAAGCAGAAGAAGUCAACACAUUCAGUGAGAAACACAUGAAGGAGUUGAAAGACGCAGUGCACCACUCUGACAUUCUAAUUGCACUUUCAGCUCACAAUGAAGAACAAAUGAAGAGAAAACAUCAGGAAGAAAUCCGUGACUUAGUGACGUGUCUUACCAAAAACAGGAAUAAUAUCAAAAGCAUCAGCGACUUGCUGAAAAAACAAGAAAAAGACAGAAAAAGUUUGGGAAAUCAGGAGCCAAAAGACAACAUGGAGAAAACACAUGAAAAACAAUUAAGUGACUUGAUGGCAGAACUCCUGAACGGACCCGAGAAGCCCCACUGUCCCAUCUUAUGAGGCGUGCUCGGGGCGUGGCUCUUGACCCAAAUAUCUCCACAACUAUUGGCUGGAUUGCCAAAAGAUUUGGUUCAAACAUUCAUGUUCCCCAGAGGAUGAUUCCGACUGACUUUUAUGAUCCUCCUAUUUUUCCUCUCGCACCACCAUGAGGUUGGGUUUUUUUUUUAAACAUGUCAAUCCCUAUUGGAUGUAUUUUGAUGACAUGUGGUUCAGACAUUCAUGUUCCCCACAGGAUGAACUGUACUAACUUGGGAUAUCUUUCCACCUUUUAUCUACUGCCAUCAUCAGGUCAACAUGUCCAUGUGUCUCAUCCUUCACGGCCUAUAAUCCCUUUCACUCUGUGGACAUUUGUAAAAUGCGAUAUAAUGAAUGUUGGAGAUGAAGAAAGUUCACUUCUUUGAUUACAUAUCAAGUAAUCAAGUUACUUAUCAGUACUUUUGUUUUGUUCAUAUUUUAUGUAUUCAAUGUCUGCAUAAAGACAUAGUCAACUAAGGAUGUAAUAAAACUAGCUGU